AAUAAAAUGAAAUGUAGAUCAAAUACAGACACAAUCAUUUUGUUUACUCGCUGACCAUCAUCUCUUUGCCUUUUUUCCCCAACGAAUCUGUGCUAAAGAAUCUCUCUCACAACUGUCUGUCAUCGCCCUUAAAAUAUCUGCUUUCAAAUCGCAUUCUUCUACUUUGCAUUCAACCAUCUGUAAUCCGCCUCAUCUCUCUCACUCGCAUUUCAGGUGCAUAUGUUUUCCAGUAUGUUUCUGUCCAGGUAGAAAACCUGAAAAUUGUGACAUAGGUGCUGGAGGAGAUAAAAUUUUGAAAACAGUUUAAAAAUGGUGUUCUGGGAAGGAUACGCGAGUGAUGAAACAAUGGGGACGUUUGCUCCGCUUGUGGUGUACUGGUUGUAUGCUGGGUUUUAUCAGCUCCUCCCUCGGUUAGAUAAGUAUAGGUUGCACACCACAACAGAAGAAAACGAGAAGAAUUUGGUGCCGUUGGGAUCUGUGAUCAAGGGUGUUCUCCUUCAGCAAUUUUUCCAGGCUGUUGUUGCUGAAUUGCUCUUCUUGAUAACUUCAAAUGCAAGUUCUUCUGGGAACAUUGUCCAACCCUCUCUUCCUGUUCAAGUCGUGCAAUUUGUAAUUGCUAUGCUGGUUAUGGAUACAUGGCAGUACUUUGUGCAUCGGUACAUGCACCAAAACAAGUUUCUCUACCGACACAUACACUCUCAGCAUCAUAAAUUAGUGGUCCCUUACGCCAUCGGGGCUCUCUACAACCAUCCGCUGGAAGGCCUUCUACUAGACACAUUUGGUGGUGCUAUAUCCUUCCUCGUUUCUGGAAUGACUGCACGCACUGCUGUUUUCUUCUUCUGUUUUGCUGUGAUCAAGACCGUUGACGAUCACUGUGGGCUCCGGCUGCCAGGCAAUAUCUUCCAUCUACUUUUCCAGAACAACACCGCUUACCAUGACAUCCACCACCAGCUCCAAGGUACGAAAUUCAACUAUUCUCAACCGUUCUUCCCCUUAUGGGACAAACUGCUUGGGACGUACGUGCCAUAUACACUAGUAAAGCGGCCCGAAGGAGGUUAUGAGGCGAGGCUGAAAAGAGAUUAGUUGCUGACCUUUUUGUUGUGCCACUCUCAAAGGAGAAGCUUAGGUUCUUCAGUAGGAGCUCUGUAUGUUUUCAAAGAGAGUGAAAAGUCAUCUGUAGCUUAUUAUUUUGUUAAUUUUUUCCCCCAAGUGACAGUGGGUAACCUAGUUUAUUUGCUAAAUUUCCUUCAUCAUUGAUACAAUUCAUAUGUAUUAUUCAACAGUAAUGAUCUUCUGGCUUCUGGUGUGCAGAUUUGCUCCCUACUCA